AACGGUCGGUUGUAAAACAAAUAAGUUUUAAUGUCGUUAAUGCGACGUUAGAAAUUAAUUGUAUAGAUUCCCUACUUAGUUGACAUAAACAUUUCAACGACGUUAUUAUCUGUAUUUUUUAGCUGCAGUACGGUUGUAAGAAAAGUUAUAAAGUUUUAAAGAAAGUUAUAUGAACGUUUCUAUAACUGUUAUAUUACUAGAUUAUGCUCCUUGGGUAUAUAAAAUCACACAAACAAUACAAGCACGAAGACCUAGCUGCGACCGUAGAAGUUGUGUAGAGCUUAAAAUUAACACAAAAAUGGCUACGACGAAGGCAGAAUUCAACUCGGGACACGCACACGAUAAGGAUUACUUGAGAGGAAAAACGAUUGACGAAUUCUUUGCCGGGACGAUGAUACUUUUAACUGGCGCUACGGGCUUCUUAGGGAAAGCCCUUUUGGAAAAGCUACUGCACUCAUGUCCUGUGGCCGCAAUUUUUGUACUAAUGCGUCCAAAAAAAGACAAAACGAUCGAGCAACGUUUCGAAGAACUGCUGAAUGAUCCCGUUCGUAUAUAUAUGCUUGAAUAUACAUUUUUCUUUAAUUAUAUAUUAACACAAAAUAUUUAUAAAAUAUUUACUAAGUAUUUAUAAUAUUUAUUUUA